GCUGCGAGCACUUCGGCCACCCGACAGCUGUGAUCUGGGCCGCUCCGUCCCUUUCUCGGCCUCCGGGUCCGCCCAGGGAGCCUCCCUGAGUCUGAGUCCCCCGCUGCCCUCCAGCGCGCCGACAUGCGGUUGGCUAAGCCCGGAGUCCAGCUGCGCGCGCUCCUCCUCGCGCUGGCUCUGUCCCCGCUCCGGGUCCACGGAAGGCCCCGGGGGCGCAGGGACGCCCGAGCCGCCGACCAGGAGCCGCGGCCUGUGCUUUUCCUGCCCGCGGCCGGGGCCCGCCCGGCUCCCGGCGCCUCCCGGAACGCAGAAAUAGUCUCGAGAGAUUUGAGCUUUAAAGACAAAGACAAAUUCAUUAAGCAUUUCACAGGGCCAGUCACGUUUUCAGCUGAGUGUAGCAAGCAUUUCCAUCGACUCUAUUACAAUACCAGGGAUUGCUCAACGCCAGCUUAUUACAAGAGAUGUGCUAGAUUGCUAACAAGGUUAUCAGUGAGUCCACUGUGCUCACGGACCUAGAAAACCUAUCCUGCAUUUCUUAAGAAUGUAAAUCUAAUUUGAAGACAUAAGUGCCUGGAAUCAUAGGAACUGUAAAAGGAUGAAAGUUUUAAUUUUUUAUAUAGUAUUAUGAGUAAAAAGCGAGACAUCACGGAAAUAACUGGUUAACUGUGUCCUAUGAUAGAGUGGAGUCUUUACGGGUUUAUCUUUCUGUAUACAGUAAUCUAUAAGUUUUUAAAAACAGAGUUUAAGUCACAUAUUGCAAACUGAAUAUUAAAAAUUAUGCUAUUCUACUUUAUUUUUGCUAAAUAUAUUAUUUUCUUACAUAGUUAACAUUUUGCAUUAAACAUUCGAUUAUCUAAGUUAUACUUGAAACUGCUAGUGAGAAAUGAUGUUUUUUCAUAUGAUUUUUAGUAAUAUG